AGAAUGUAUUAAAAGAAGUUUUAAACACACACAUAGAGAGAAAGCAAUAUGUACUUAUAAAUUUGCGCUCACAAAUGAUACGUCGUGAAACGAUGGAUACUUACUGCGACACUAGCUUGUACUACUGCUUAUAUAUCAUAUGAAAUGUAUCUCUAUAUAUUACACUUACUCAUGAUUUGCGUCGCACAAAGUGGCUGCUUUCCAGCACUUUAAAUAGCUCACAUAACUGUAACGUCUACGACACUUGAUAUUCAUCUAUUAUUAGAACUAUGACAAAAUCGAAAGUAAACAGGAUGGAAAGAAGAUAUGACAAUAAUACGACGGCACAACACUUUCACGAUUGUAGAUGUGUAUGUGUAUAUAUGCUAAGAGUCCCGUCUUUUCGCGACUGACGACGAUUCGGUCCGCCGGCGGAGAUGCUGCGCAAACAGUGUGACGCCUGGCGAUUUGAAACCUGCAUACGCCAAAAACUGUUCCCAUUGGCCAACUCAACCAGAUGCACGCAAAUCGUCUUCUACAGUUUCGAUAAGAACGGCGACGGUUUCGUCAGCUUCAGCGAUCUUCUGGAUGCCACAGCAUCGAUCGUGAACGGCAUGGUCGAUCAGCUCUCUUGGAUAUUUGGAUUCUACGAUUUUUAUGGAGACAGUUGUAUCACGAAGCGAGAAAUGUUGGUCAUAAUAUUCGCGAUUUAUGAGAUGGUGCAGGACGCGCAGACCAUCCAGCCCGCAAUUAACAUCCAAGUGGACAAGUUCUUCAAGAAGAUGAACGUAGACAGAGACGGAAUAGUCACCAGGGAGGAAUUCAUAAGCGGUUGUAAAAAUGAUACCAUUAUAUACAACCAGUUGAGUUUAUUUAAUAAGAUUUGGUGACCGAAU